UUUUUUUUCCUGAUAAAUGUAAAUCAUUUCAUUACAAAAUCAAAGGAGAGAGAGAGAGAGACAAAGUCAAAUUAAUAGACAAUUAGUUUAAAAUUAGUUUAAUUGAUCAACUAAUUGUUAUUGAUUAUGUUGGUUAACUAAUUUUACUCAGGUUUGAUUGUGUUUUCUCUCGUAACAAUUAAUAUACUGUUGCUAAUCCGAAUCAAUUGGAUUAAGAAAAAGUUUAAUCUCUCAUUUGUGCCAUUUUUGUGAUUUGUUUUGUUUUAUUUUUCCCUGUGUGUUAAUUAAUCAAUCAAUCAAUCCGGAGACAAUUAACUGAUGAUAGUUAUUAAUGAUCGAAACCACUCAAAUAAUAAGUGUGGUAAACAGACGAAAAUAUUUCCAGGUCGAAUACGGAAACGGGUCGUUCUCAAAAAUGGUUCGGUUAAUUUAUGCAAGGAACACGUUGAGAAACGGAGUCAACGUUAUCUUCAGGAUACUUUUACCACAAUGGUGGACAUUCAAUGGCGGUGGAAUCUACUGGUCUUCUCAAUGGGAUUUUUACUCAGCUGGUUAGGAUUCGCCAUCAUUUGGUAUUUCAUCGCUUAUGUUCACGGUGAUCUUGAGCCUUCGGUUAUUGCUGGUGGCGGUGGAAGUGGAGUUGGUGGUGGUGGUGGUGGUGGUGAAAGUGACUCUCAGUUAGUUGCUCCUGAUUCUGUUUCCACUAAUGGUGUUUUUCCUGUUGUUAAACCUUGUGUCCAUGGGAUCGAUUCAUUUACUUCAGCUUUUCUUUUCUCGAUUGAAACUCAGCACACAAUCGGCUAUGGAGGUCGCCUACCAACAACCGAGUGUCCCGAAGCUUUAAUCAUCAUGUGUAUCCAAUCAAUAACCGGAGUAAUGAUUCAAUGUUUUGUGGUUGGUUUUGUUUUCGCCAAAUUAUCUCGGCCCAAGAAGCGAUCGCAAACUUUAAUGUUCAGUCAAAAUGCUUGUAUUUGCCUUCGAGAUGGUAAAUUGUGUCUAAUGUUUAGACUUGGUGAUGUUCGUAAUCGAUCUCAUAUAAUUGGUGCUUCCAUUUCGGCUCUUGUAAUUGAUCGUAAGGUUACAUCGGAAGGAGAGGUGAUCCCUUAUUAUCACAAUAGAGUUUCGGUUAAAUUUGAUAAUAGCGAUUCAAAUGUUUUCCUUGUCUGGCCUGCGACAAUUGUCCAUGAGGUUGAUUCAAGUUCACCCUUUUAUUCAAUGUCCGCUGAUCAUUUGGUUCGAGAACGUUUUGAGAUUGUUGUUAUUCUUGAGGGAACAAUUGAAUCAACUGGUCAAUCAAUACAAGCUCGAACCUCUUACCUUCCAUGUGAAAUAUUGUGGGGCCAUCGAUUUGAACAGAUGAUCGGUUAUCGUAAAGAUACUGGACAAUAUCGAGUCGAUUAUUCAAAAUUUAACAACACUUAUGAAAUCGAUACGCCAACAUCAUCAGCUAAAGAUUAUUAUGAAUAUCAAAAGUUUAUCAAUUCAACGAGUGGAAGAGGAUUAAUACCAAUCGAAAUGUUCAAUGGUGCAGCGACAAUUAACAAAAUUAAAGAGGAAGAAGACAACAAUCAAGCCUAUUCACCUGAUUCGGGAGUGUCGAGCACUUUGUUUAUCCCAAUGCAUCAAAUGCUAAUCUAGAAAUUUAAACAAAUCAACAACAAUUAACAUCCGUUUAAGUUUCUAGAUAUAAUUAUAAUGUUGCUAAUGAUGAUGAUGAUGAUGAUUGUGUACAUACAAUCAAAUUAGAAUCCAAAGUUAAUCAACUUGAGAAGUGAAAACAACAAACAAAUGGAUAACUAAUCAAACUUAUCCUCAAAGUGAUUAAUGUUAAUCAUUGGAUUUUAAUAGCAAACAAUUUAUAUCCCUAAACUGAAAUAGUUUAACAAUCAAAUGUGACAAUCAUCAUCAUCAUCAUGAUAAAUCGUAAUCAACUAUAAUGAUUAACAAUCAAUGAUUAAGUUUCACUUUGAACAAUUAAUGUAUUCAUAUCACAAUCAAAGCUAAUACUUUUGUAAUAACAUCAAUUUAAAACAAUUAACAGUUAAAUUAUCAUGAUUAAGGUAAAUAAUAUUUAUAUAUUUAAAAAAAAGGUUAUUAUGUUUUUAAUUGUUGUUUUUGUAACUAAUCAUCACUAUCAUUAAGAUGUUAAUUGUUUUGAUUGUUAAAUUGUCCAUUGAUCUGUUUAUAUUUAUAUUAUAUAUUAUUAAUAAUACAAAAAUCGUAAUUGUAGUUGAUUGAUUGGGUAGUUUGCAUCAAUUGGCAGACAUGAUUAAGAUUAACAAUUAACUGUAACAAAACAAAUUGAUCAUGAUUUAUGAAUUGUUAAGUAGGCAUUGACCCAGAAAAUUUUCAAGCAAUCAGUUAAUUGUUAUGAUUAAGUAGUUAAAUAACCUUACCAAGGUUCUGUUGAUAUAUAAUAUAUUGAUUUUUGAAUUACUCACCUUGAUUAUUGAUUAAAUUGAUUGAUAAAAAUCAACAAAUUGUAGUUGAUUAAAUAUCAUCAUGAUCAU